GUAAGGGGGGAGGGGGGAGGGAGAGAGGAUGUACGGCAGAAGAGGAAAUAUGUGAGCUGGAUUUGAAACAAGACAAGGGGUUAUUUGUUUUAUUGUGAAGCCUAAGCCUCGAGGUCAGUCAUUUUAUGACUGUUUUGUCUGUUGUGAACGAGUUGUGCUCAUAUUGAACGCGUGUUCCGGACAACUGAGCCUCGUGUGUGUUUAGUGAGUGAAGCAGAGCAUCGCAAGACAUUUUUUUAAAAAGACAUUUUUUUCUUCGUUCGUGAUUUGUUUUCUUUAGUUAAUUGCAAUGGCACAGGAAUAAAAUCCGUUCAUCUGGAAAGCAUCCAGAAUCUGAAUUGUUCCAGCCUUGUGAAAGGGAUAAUACAGACUGUUGGAACAUCGACGGAAACUCAAGAACGGACGCAAAACUUCCGCAAAAACACUCAAACUUCUCCACGGAUCAAGCAUCAGAAAAAGUGUCUGAGACUUACAUUCAAAUCAAGCGACGAGACUUUUGCGUUGUGUGACAACUCAACCAAGACACUUUAUAGGGGCUAGAAAGGAUUUUCCCGAUCACUUCCUUUGACGAGGCGGAAGAUCAGGGAACCUCGAUGUGCUCAGAGGGCUGACGACGGUGGAAGCGAGCAUCUAGAAGAGUUCGGGGAGUCCUAAUCAUAGCGAUGGGAGUCAUGGAAGCCAUUUUCCAACCUCUGUGUGGCGAUGAGCCACUGUGGGAUGAGGGCCGGUUGUUGAACAACACAUGGCCAGAGUUCACCGCGUGCUUCCAGUGGACAGUGAUGGUCUGGACUCCGUGCACAUGGCUCUGGCUGGUCCUGCCUGUACAUAUCUGGGACGUCAGGCACCGGCCGGCCCAUAGCGACCUCUACCGGUUGCCUAGCAACAAGCUCAACAUUGCUAAAAUUUUCAUCUGCCUGCUGUUGACAGUACUGACGCUGCUGCAGGUCUUCGUCACAAUUCAGAACGAGAACCACGAGACGGCUCCGCGCAACGCUCUCUAUGUGUCCUGCUCUGUGCUGGCUGCCACUUAUUUGCUGGCAGCCUGGCUCAGCCGGAGCUGUCGGAGGGCGGGGAUCGCGUCCCCGUUCAUUCUGUUCAUCUUCUGGCUGCUGAACCUGGUGUGUCAUGUGCCCCCAGUCUACAGCUUCGUCCUGCUCAACCUACAUUUGGCGAGGCUACCGUCGGUCCCUGAGCACGGAGGACAUCUGGAGUCUGCCCGAGCAGUACAAGUCGCGUACAGUCAACCCGCCCUUUGAGAAGCACUGGGGAGUUGAGGUGGAGAGGACUCGGAAAAAGAAUAGCGAACGAGUCACCGUCUCCGACCUGUCGACCCACGCGCGCGCCACCGCCACCGAGCGCACCCACCUGCUCUCCUACACCGCGGGGUCUCAGUCAUCCGCGGGCGACCCCGCUCACGCCAAACCUCUGCGCCCGUCGCUCUUCAAAGUGCUGGUCAAGACCUACGCGCCCGAGCUGACCAUAGCCUUCUCCAUGCGGCUCCUGGCCGACUCCAUCCAGUUCCUGUUGCCCAUUCUGACUAAUCCCUAACGAUGAACAACGAGAUGAGGCGCAAGUUCACUGUGGGCAGUAUCGUGAACCUGAUGGCCAUCGACUGCCAGAUCCUUCAGGACGUCACCUCCAACAUCUUCAUAGUCGUCUCUGCGCCCUUCCAGAUCUGCAUGGCGUUCUACUUCCUGAACGACAAACUGGGCGUGUCGUUUGUGGCGGGCGUGGCUGUCAUCGUGGCGCUCAUCCCGCUCAACGCGCGCAUCUCCGUGCUGGCGAAGCGGGCCCAGGCGGAGCAGCUGAGGGUCAAGGACGAGAGGUUAAAGAUCAUGAACGAGAUCCUCAGCGGUAUCAAGGUGCUGAAAUUGUACGCCUGGGAGACGUCGUUCGAGGACCGUAUCCGGUCUCUGAGGGGCCGGGAGCUGAAGCUGCUGAGGUCGGCCGCCAUAUUGAACAUCAUCAACGUCUUCAGCUGGCUCUGCUCGCCUGUGCUGGUGACCACCACGACGUUUGUGACGUAUAUCUUCGUGUCCAGUGACGGCGUCCUGGACUCCAACACGGCCUUCGUCUCCCUCAUCCUCUUCAACAUCCUCUCCAUACCCAUGAACCGGCUGCCCAACAUCAUCACUGAUCUGGUUUCGGCCCACGUCUCCAUUGGGAGACUCCGCAAGUUCCUGUCUGGGGAAGACCUUGACUCCAGCAAUGUCAAUCGGGAGUCCAUGGCCGAGAAGAGCAGUUUUGAGGGCCAGGUGCGGUCCCUGCGACUGAAGACAUACGACAAAAAGGGCAUUUCUAUUUCAAACGGAACUUUCCUUUGGGACCGAAACAUGCCACCAGUUUUGAAAAACAUUGACCUGAACAUCCCGGAAGGGAAACUUGUCGCUGUUGUUGGUCAGAUGGGCGCUGGCAAAUCCUCUUUGCUUUCCGCCAUCUUGGGAGAGGUUGAGAAAGUAUCCGGUGACGUCACAGUGAGGGGCAGCAUGGCGUAUGUGCCCCAGCAGGCCUGGAUCCAGAACAUGACGGUGAAGCAGAACAUCCUCUUUGACCGCCGUUACCACCACAGUCGCUACACGCGCGUCAUCAAAGCCUGCGCUCUGCAGCACGACUUGGAGAUCCUCAUCGGCGGCGAAAACGCGGAAAUUGGCGAGAAGGGCACCAACAUGUCCGGCGGUCAGAAACAGCGCGUGUCCCUGGCUCGGGCCGUGUACUAUGACGCCGACGUCUACCUGUUCGAUGACCCGCUCAGCGCUGUGGACACACACGUGGGGAAGCACAUCUUCAAGAACGUCAUCAGCAACAGUGGCAUGCUGAAGAACAAGACUCGCGUGCUGGUCACUCACGGCAUCCACUGGCUUCCCAUGGUGGACUCUAUUAUUGUGUUGCAUCAGGGCAAAAUCAUACAGAAAGGAACGUACGAGGAACUGCUCACCAAAGACGGACCGUUCGCUCAGUUCUUGAGGGACUAUCUCCUUGAUGAUGAGGAGGUGGACGAUCCUGAGAUUCGCUACAUCCGCACGGAGAUGUGGAAGAAGGUGGACAGUGUCACCUCUGACGGUCUCACCUCUGCGGACGAAGACGACAGACCCCGCCGACGACGCCUGAGAAGACGUAACCGGCUGGACUCUCACACGGACUCUUCCAAGCACGAGGACGGCUACACGAGCGAGACGGGCAUCGCCAGGCACGGCUACAAGCUGAUAGAGGAGGAGAAAUCAGCUCGUGGAAAGCCGUGUGCGCCCUGGCCUUUGUGGGCAACAUCAGUCUGCGCAUGGUGGUGGCCUCCAAGCGUCUUCACGACGCCCUGCUGGAGAACAUUCUGCGCCAGCCCAUGAAGUUCUUCGACACCACGCCCCUGGGGCGGGUCAUCAACCGCUUCUCGCGUGACGUGGACAUGAUUGACAGCUCGAUGGCCCGCCUCGUGCGCAUGUUCUUCCAGCAGCUGUUCACGGUUCUCAGUGUGCUCGUGGUGAUCACCUACACGACCCCUGUCUUCAUCGGCGCCGCCAUGCCCAUCAUGCUCAUCUACUACCUCGUGCAAGUGACGAGUACUCUGAACGAGCUAGUGCAAAACUCCACCCAGCUAGAGAGUAACGUGGUGUCAGUGGAGAGGAUAGUGGAAUAUUCCAAGCUACCCCAAGAGCCGGCCUGGAAGAAUCCGUCCAAAGAGCUGGACGACGACUGGCCCCGUCGCGGCGACAUCGUCUUCCACACGUACAGCACGCGCUACAGGCCUGACCUUGACCUUGUGCUCAAGAACGUCUCCUGCCACAUCGAGGACGGGGAAAAGAUUGGCAUCGUGGGUCGCACGGGUGCAGGCAAGUCGUCCAUGUCCAUGGCCUUGUUCCGCAUGAUCGAGUCGGCCGGCGGGAGCAUCAUCAUCGACGGGGUGAACAUCGCGGACAUCGGCCUGCACGACCUCAGGUCAAGGCUGACCAUCAUUCCUCAGGAUCAUUGUCUUGGACGCUGGGCGCAUCUCCGAGUUUGACACAGUGGAGAAACUCCUGGAGAACAAAGAGUCCGUCUUCUACAGCAUGGUCAAGGAAGCCAACCUGCUGCCCUACAACCCCGACAAGGCGCACCCCCCUACGGAACAGUGCGAUCGAUAAAGGUCAAGGGUGAAAGGUCGAUCGUUGUCGUGACGGAAAUGAAUGAGGGGUGCUGAGAGGUUCAUAUUAUUUACGUUUUGCUUUUGUGAAUCUGAGAGAGAUCAUUUUUUUUAUAUUACAUCUUUUGUUUGUUUGUACAUCUUCAUAUUAUUAUGAUUAUCUGCAGAGUAAGUUGCUGAUGAAUCUAUUCUGCAUGUGUGUCUUGGAGUGUGUGUGCGUACAUAUGCGCACUCGUGUGUGUGUGUGUGUGUGUGUGUGUGUGUGUGUGUGUGUGUGUGUGUGUGUACGUACAUAUGCGCGUUCGUGUGGGUGUGU